AUCACAUACCAGAACUGAGACAGCAGAUGGACGGGAUCGGGAAAAUCAGGAGCAUAUCAGAACUGCUUCACUCGAAAGGACUGAAAGACAGGGAUAAGAAGGAAAAGGCUAGGGAUACGAUGCAGCAAGUGUUGGCACAACAAAGCUACAAACAAGUUCUCAAUAACUGUGUAUCCACACUGGAUCCUAAACUCACCUUAGGAGGAUUAAAAGACCGUGAGUGUCGUUUCUAUGACUCCAAGAUGAGGCCACUACUCAUGGUCUAUGAGAAUCCAGACCCCUCUGCUUCCCCUGGGGACAUCAGAGUCAUAUUCAAAAAUGGAGAUGGUAAGGGAUUGUAUUUUUAUUUAUAUGUACAUGUACAUGUACGUAAUGUACAUUGUGCAUGUAUGGGUACUCCACAGGAUUUUG